GAUGAAUGGGGUGGAGAGUGCGAGUGUCUGCUGCUGACGUCCAUUGCGAGCAUCACUGCAUCCAACAUUUAUCCCAACAGCCGACUCCACCUCUCCAAAACGGGAAAAAAAACUCGCAUUUAUUAGGACUUUAUUAAAACUAGACUCUGUAUUUUGAAUUUGUUGUAUUGCUUGUCUGAAGCAAUGGAUUUAUACGGGAAGAUGGCUGCUACACAAGACAACAAACAGAAGGAAAACUCAGAUCAAAACUUCGAUUACAUGUUCAAGUUGUUGAUAAUCGGGAACAGCAGUGUUGGAAAAACGUCUUUCCUCUUCCGCUACGCUGAUGAUACCUUCACUUCUGCUUUUGUUAGCACGGUGGGCAUUGACUUUAAGGUUAAAACUGUCUACAAGAAUGACAAAAGGAUCAAGCUACAGAUCUGGGACACAGCGGGGCAGGAAAGGUACAGGACUAUCACAACAGCCUAUUACAGAGGAGCCAUGGGCUUCAUCCUUAUGUAUGACAUCACUAAUGAGGAGUCGUUUGCUGCUGUGCAGGACUGGGCGACCCAGAUUAAGACGUACUCUUGGGACAAUGCACAGGUGAUCCUUGCAGGAAACAAAUGUGAUAUGGAGGAGGAGAGGAUCAUGUCUGUGGAAAGUGGAAGGUUAUUAGCCGAACAACUAGGUUUUGAGUUUUUCGAGACGAGCGCAAAAGACAAUAUCAACGUCAAGCAGACAUUCGAACGUUUGGUGGACAUCAUUUGUGACAAGAUGUCUGAUACACUCGAGGCUGACCCUUCCGUUACCACGGGAACGCCGACUACCAGACUGACCGACAACCCUACGCCCCCUCAACAGUCUGACUGUAGCUGCUAGUGUUUACUAUCCAGGCUGUUUGCUUUUGUGGCUCGAGUGCUGUUGCCAAGCUUCUGUAUUCUGAGGCAGAAAAUACUGAACCCCAAAUCUUUGACCUGGCUACAAUUCCUGUUUUCCUGUGUUAAGACAGCUGACAUACCGUAGCAAACUAGCAAAAUUGUGCCAAAAACAACAGCAAACUUUGUCUUUCCUUUUCUGCUUUAUAUCAAUAUACUGUAUAGUGUCAGGGGUUGCUGUGUUAUAUCAUAUAAACCGCAAUAUAUUUUAGCGAAGCAGAAAUUUGUUGCAUUUUAGGAUUCACAAUCAUUCCCAUGCCUCUCAGGGGAAUUAAAAAACAUCUACAAAUGUAUAAAUCCUAUAUACUUGUUUAACUUGUGUGUAAUGUAUAGAGAGGAUAUUGUACUUGCAUUUUACUGAUAAGUUUGGUUGAAAAUGUUUGAAUGCGAUUGUAUGCACAAACAAAGUAUGGACAAAAUAAACGUGGCCUUGACAUGA